UUCCUCGAGCACCACGGGCGAGGCUGCGAAGGCCAGAGCGCCCCGUGGUGUGAAGCGCGGCCUCCUGCCUGUUGUAGACGACCCCCCUUUCCCCCGGACGCGCCCCCCGACGCCGCCACCAUUGAGUCUCCGUCGCAGGAAACGGCGGGGUUGGGUCCCCUCGCCGAGCCCAAGAAGAAGACCAAAUGGCAGGACACCCUCCGCUUCUACCUCACGGCGAUCUUCACCCUCGUCGCCUGCAUCAGCUCCUUCGCCUUCCUGUUCCUCGUGCCCUUCGUGAUCGACCCCGCCUUCUCCACCAUCUUCGCCGACUUCGACCCUGAGCCCGUCGUGUGUGUCACCAAGGAGUCCGAGUUCUUCUUCGGCCUCAGCAACUGCUCGUGGUCGUCGUGCCGCGAGGGCUGCACUAGGGACAUCUUCCAGUGCUCCCACAUCUUCGUCAACUACAAGAAGGACACAAAGGGCGAGUUCAAGAAUGUCAACUUCACCGACGUCGACCUCCUGGACGACAUCAAGUGGGACAUGGAGGACGCUCGGCUCUUCCCCAACGUGAAGGGCUGCGGCUACCCUCCCAGCGUCAACUGCACCACCUUCAACAUGAGCUACAGCGUUCCGGGCAGGACGUACCCGUGCUUCUACUCGAAGGAGCAGCCCACCACGGUCCUCACGUCCCUGGACAUCGAGGGCAUCACCUCCGACCUCAUCUACGCCAUCGUGAUCCCGUGGGGCGCCUUCCUCGUGUCCAUCCUGUACCUCCUCAUCACCUACGUCGGCAUGAGGAAGCCGGAUUCGGACGGCGACGCCCCUCAGGAGGUCACGUCGGCCAAGGCGUCCAAGGAGGCGUCCAACUACUCCCUCAGGUCCAUCGGGAAGACCAUCAACCACGGCAUGAACAAACUCAUGGGCGAGCCGGACGACAAAGGCGGGCAUGGAGGUAGCGGACGAGGCGGCGGCGGAGGCCUGAAGCAGCGUACCCUCACCUCGCCCUCCAUGCUGGGGUCCAACUUACUACUCGUGCCCGCGUCGCUGCCCCAAGUCCACCCGACCCGGCGCUCGACCCUCCCGCCGCUGGAGAGGACACCGCCGCUUCCCCGGCCCGCAAGUCAUCAAGAACCUGGCGAGACUUCAUUCCAAGAGGCAGAGUGCGCAGAGAGACCGUGAGAGAAAGAGGAAGAGAAGUUGCCGUGGAGGACGAGACACCACAGCGAGGGAGAGAGAGAGCGACAACUCCGAGGAAUCGGCGACCUGAGAACUUCACGUGAAGCUGAUUGUUAUUUUAUGAUUGGAUAUAUUUAACCCGGGAUGUGUUUUGUGUAUACUUUGUUGCGAAUUUUAUGAGGAAUUCUAUUUUUUGUUUUGUUUGUUUGUUAUUGUAAGUGCUCUUUUUCUUUUCUUUUUUUUUUUUUUUUUCUUUUCCUUUGCUCUUUUCUCUCUCUCAGAUCUCUUCGUUCAUUCGCAUUCUGUAUAUAUUCUUUCCAUGUACAUCCUUCAUAAACGUCAUUUUCUUAUUUUUCCUUUUGUGAUCUGGAAUUCCCAGAUGACAAAAGCUAAUCAGUAUUGGCGGAAACUUCCUCGCGUUCAUCUUCGAACUUCCUGCAUUUUGAGUGAAUUUCAAACACAGUCCAUAGACGUGGGGUUAAUAUGCAUCACGUGCAGUAACCUACGACAAAGAAUAUUUAUUCCUUAGCUAUAAAAGCAACACGAAAUCAGGACGUUCCCUCUCCGACCGGUAAAGGAUUUGGCGAGGGCGAGAUAUCCAGGCCUAUGGUACUCUAGCCUGGCUUGAAACUCUGCCAGUGUUCUGUAAUUUUCUAAAUAAAGUAGAGGGUUUCUCAUCACAUCACUCUUAGAUUAUUCAUGUUAGUCAUCGAUGUCUCAUACGAAAGAUUUUGACAAAAGGAAAUUGUGAAACGAAGAAUAAGAAAAAAAAAAGACUCGUUUGCUCAUCCAUUUUGAUAUAACCUAUAAAGUGCUGAACAUACAUAUCCGCGUGAGACUGUGGUAGGGAUCAUGUUUGUAAAAACGAAACGAACUGAAUUAUCUUAUAUGUAUAAAUCGUACACAAAAUAUCAGUCAAGCGAAAUAUAAACAAUUUGAUGUUGAUUAGGAAGAAAAUUAGCAAAAACGCGAAUAAUCAUCAUUAUCCCUUCCCAGGCCACGAAGGCGUAUGUCAGAAAAUGUCAGACAUUAUAUUUUCAUGUGUAUAGCGACUUGCCCCCCCCCCCUCUUUUUUCUGGUGCUAAAUGGCGCAAGCGGACUAGAAGUUCCAUUAGAAGUUUCUUUAGGAAUAAGACGAAAUAUAAAAUUUAAAAAAUAACUAAGGUUCGCACAAGAAAUAAUCGCGCAGUGGUUGAAGAACAUUCUGUGAUGUCAUUAAUAACCAUUCUUCACUCCGGAACUGUGGGAUUACUGAAUUAGUAUUAGCGUUGCACAAAUCUUACGAGAUCCUAUUUAGAAAUAGACAAACAUGUGUUUCCUUGACACUAAUGAUUUAUCUAGUUUUAUGGUUCACGGUCUCCUGCAGUAACGACGUACACACUUAAUAUGUCUUUUGUUUUGAGUUAUUUUGGAUACAGCUGUAACUUCAGGAUUUGCUAGCUCAUUACCACUCAGAUAAAAAAACCAAAAGCAGUUCGAGCUACUGAAAUACUUCAGGCUAUUGGAUACUUACAUAUGCUACUAAAAAACGUCACCAUUAAUCUUUUGUGAUUAGACACGUGUUGUUGGAGUGACGUUGAGGAACCAUCGAGGCAGUUCAGAUAGGCUGAUAACGACCAAGAUCAAUGGUAAAAGCAAAUCCCUAUGGAUAUUUUGUUUCCGUUAGACCCAACCCAUAAAGCGGUCUUCUACUGACUGCUAUCACUCGCAGCACAAGUGUUACAAGUCGCAGUUUACAGUGGUUAGUAGCAACCUAUUUUUGUGUACAAUUGCUAACACAGCAAAGGAAGAUGUUUUGUUUAUGAAUACUUUUCAGUAUGGAAAUAUGCAUAGGUGUGCAUAUAUGUGUGUAAUGUAUGUACGUAUAUACCUAUACCCUAUGUGUAUAUAUACACAAGCAUAUGCAUGUAUAUGUUCAGCAGUGGUUAAUUUACAGGCUGUGACCUGAAUGUUGUACAAUGAUACUUAAUGCUAAGUUUUCACAUUAUGUAUAAGCAUAUAAAUGAUUAUAUAUAUAUAUAUAUAUAUAUAUAUAUAUAUAUAUAUAUAUAUA